UAUUGCUUGUGUUUUUGUUAAUUCGAAAAGGUCGUACAAGUGAUUGAAGAGUUGGAAAUUCGUUUUUUACUUAGUUCUACGUUUUAAAAACUAUUAUUUGUGUGUAUUAUAUAUGUGGAGAAUAGUGAACAAAGACAAUAUUAUUGUUUAAGGCAAAAUAAUCUUGUGAGACUUUCAAGGGUAGGUAAAAAUGUUUUGUUAUAUUAAAGCUGGAUUUAAAUAGCAAAAUAAAAAUUAAAAUCCAAGUCAGUUACUGGCUGAAAGAAAACCAGCUGAGCAGAAAUGACAAUUUAAUUGGCUUAUUUAAAUUUCUAUUCUUUAUACACCACAAUAAAAAAUUAAAAAAAUGGGCGAAUCAUAACAGCGUUUUUGGUCGGUUGGUUUGCAUUUGUCCAGCAACUAAUCUAGAUUUUUAUUUUACUUUUUUUUGCUAAAUGAAACUUUGUUUGUUUGAUUUUAGUGCAUGUAGUAUAUGUCCAAAAAUCAAAAUGCCUGGUACACGUUGUGCUGUGUAUGGUUGUGGUAAUACCUAUAAAACAAGGCAGCAAGAACAUGAAUAUUUUAUAUUUCAUCGGUUUCCCAAAGCUAAAGAUCUUGUUUCCCAAACUAUGAGAAAAGAAUGGAUAUUACGAUGCAAACGGGAAGAUAAAUUUAACCCUGAUACUAGCUACAUCUGCUCAGUUCAUUUCACAGAAAAGGAUUAUGAAAGAGACUUACAGAAUGAAUUAUUAGGUUUACCACUACGAAAAAUAUUGAAAAAAACCGCUGUUCCUACUUUGGGAUUGUAUUCAAAAAAAUCAACAAGUGAAGCUAGUAGUUCAAGCAUCAGUUCCAGAGAAGAAAGACUGGCCAAACGAAAUGCAAAGGAGGAAGUGAACAAACUUUUAAAAGUAGCCACGUUAACAGCUCCUAUUAAUACUUUUUCUGAUGAUACCGAAGACCAUAAUCCUAAAUCUUUUGGAAGUAUUCAGUUUGAAGAGCAUGUACCAGAGCCUUCCACUUCAUCAACCCCCAACUUUGUCCCGGAAAACUAUGAUUAUAAGGCUUUGUACAAUGAGUCUGUAGAGAAAUAUGAAAAGUUAGAAAGACAGUAUGCUCUUUUAAAAUCCAGAAGUAAUAUAAAAAGCACAAAUAUCAAAAAACUUAAUGAACAAUUGAAAUAUUUCAAAAAUAAAUGCUAUAAAUCUAGUCCCAAGUCCCCAAAAAGUUAA